CGUCGCCCGCCGUCUGAUCGCUCCAUCGCCUCGUCCACUUCGUCUCUCUCGACUCGCCCGACCCAUCGCUCGCCCAAAGACUUUGUCUGCCGCCAUGUCAUCCGACUCCUCUGCCCCCAAGGUCUGGACUCCUCCCAGCCACAUCGAGGACCUGUAUGCCCGCACGGCCGGCAACAAGUUUGCAUCGACCAACGCCCCGACGGCCGGCGCCCGCAACGACAAGGAAGUCCCCGUCGGCACGGCUCCCUUCCAGCUCUACUCGCUCGGCACCCCGAACGGCGCCAAGGUCGGCAUCAUCCUCGAGGAGCUCGGCAUCGAGUACGACGCCCACUUCGUCUCCCUCGGCGGCAGCCAGUUCGACAAGGGCUUUGUCCAGAUCAACCCAAACUCCAAGAUCCCCGCCGCCGUCGAUCUCGAUGGCCCCGACCACCAGCCCAUCAACCUCUUUGAGUCGGCCUCGAUCAUGCUCUAUCUCGCCGAGAAGCACGGCAAGUUCCUGCCGGCCAGCCCUCGUCUCCGCACCGAGGUCAUCAGCUGGCUGUUCUGGCAGAUUGGCGGCCAAGGACCCAUGACCGGCAACUUUGGCCACUUCUUUGUCUAUGCCCCCGAGGACCAGAUCGAGGCUCGCAACUACGGCGUUGCCCGCUACGGUAUGGAGACCCAGCGUCUCUGCGACGUCCUCGACAAGCACCUCAAGGACCGCGAGUACAUUGUCGGCGAUGAGGUCACCAUUGCCGACUUUGCCAUCUUCCCUUGGUUCAACAUGCUCCGCAUCGGAUCGGGCUACAAGCACCCCAGCGGCGUCAUUGGCGGCGAGUUCCUCGGCGUGAGUCGCUACCAUAACCUGAACCGCUGGGCCGAGCGCAUCGCUGCUCGCCCUGGUGUCCAGCGCGGCCUGCAGGUUUGCACCGGCGGUGUCGGCAAGCCCUGGCUGGAGAAGCCUGCCAGUCUGUAACGAAGGAGAAGACCGCCUCUUGAUCUCUUGAUCUCUUGAUCUCCCAACCACUCCCAUAUUCAAGCUUCUCCCGCUCGUGCUCCCUCUCUCUUGUAUCUGCUGAGCAAUGAGAAUCGCCUGUUCAUAGCCACUUCUGUUUGAGAAUACA